CCUCCUCUUCCUCCUCUUCUUCUCUCUCACUCAUCAGACCACCUGGAUUGUACUAGAGGCCAGCUGAGGACGCGGCAGCAGCGACGGCAGUGGAGGAGAGAGAAGGGACGCACAGCGUUGCAAAGGGAAGGAGAGCGGAGCAAACAUUCACACUGAGGAUAACACUUCAUCCGAGCUGGCAGGCUGAAGGCACAGCCAGUGGCACUGCAGAGGCACAUCAGCACCGUGGGCUAAAGAUUUGCUGCGAGAGGUAGACGAACAUGCGAUCCCGCAGCAACAGUCUGGAGGACGUAACCAAGGCCAAGCUGAUGCAGCAGGCAGACACUCGCAAGAGAUCUGCAGAGCGAGAUGAGCCCUCUGGAAGGGCAGAGCGUCGCGGUCGACACCGCGAGCCACCAGACGACACCGGCACCAUUCAGAGGAACAACAAGACUCCCAAGAAGAGCACCAGCACAGGAGGAAGUGGGUGCAGCAGCAGUGCCAGCGGCGCUGCCAAGGGUGGUCGAAGGGAGAAGGGCAGGGACCUUUCCCGUGAUGACCUUGUCUUUCUUCUGAGUUUGCUUGAAGGAGAGCUACAGGCCAGAGAUGAGGUGAUCACAGUGCUGAAGGCAGAGAAGAUUGACUUGGCCCUGCUGGAGGCCAAAUAUGGUUUUGUCACACCACAGAAGGUCCUGCAAGCUCUGCAGAGAGACGCCAUCCAGGGCAAGUGUGACAUCUUCCAGGAAGACAUCUAUGAAAAACCAAUGGCAGAGCUGGAUAAGCUAGUGGAGAAGCAGAGGGAGACGCACCGGCGGAUGCUAGAGCAGCUGCUAAUGGUGGAACAAUCACACAAGCAGACCUUGUACAAGCUGGAAGAUGAGAAGAGGAACCACGGGGAGUUCAUAAAGAAGAGUGACGAGUUCACCAACCUUCUGGAGCAGGAGCGAGAGAGGUUAAAGCUGUUAAUUGAUCAGGAAAAGGCCUACCAAGAACGCAAAGACGAAGAAAACAACAAAAAGGUGGCAAGCCUCAAGGAGGAGCUGACAAAACUCAAGUCGUUUGCAUUGAUGGUUGUGGAUGAACAGCAGCGUCUUACCGACCAGCUGAAUCAACAGACAGCUAAAGUUCAAGAACUGAGUGCCAGUUCUUCACAAGCCCAGGAAGAGCUGAGCUCAGCUAAUGCUCGUCUGCAGGAAGAGGAGCAAAAGGUCUGUCGCUUGGAGGCUGAGCUGCGUGACCAAGCCAGUCGAUACCAUCAGGAACAGGAAGCCAUGACUGCCAAAUUAACCAGCGAGGAUGCCCAAAACAGGCAGCUGCGUCAGAAGCUUUCAGCUCUCAGCAGGCAGCUUGAUGAGCUGGAGGAGACCAAUAAAACCCUGCGCAGGGCUGAAGAGGAACUGCAAGAGCUGAGAGACAAAAUUAGCCGUGGUGAGUGUGGAAACUCUGGUCUCAUGUCAGAGCUUGAAGAGUUACGAAAACGGGUACUUGAAAUGGAGGGAAAGGAUGAAGAGCUGAUCAGAAUGGAGGACCAAUGCAGGGACCUCAACAAAAAACUGGAGAAAGAGGCCAGCCAAAACCGGUGCCUGAAAGCUGAAGUGGACAAACUGAAUCAGAGAAUCAUGGACUUGGAGAAACUAGAGGAUGCAUUCAGUAAGAGCAAACAAGAAUGCAGCUCACUGAAAAGCAACUUGGAGAAAGAGAGGUCAGUGUCAAAGGUUCUGACCAGUGAGUUGGAAGUCCUCAAAGUCAGAGUCAAAGAGUUGGAGGCUGCUGAAAGCCAGCUGGGAAAGACAGAGCUGACUAUGAAGGAAGAUCUCACCAAGCUAAAGACUCUCACAGUGAUGCUGGUGGAUGAGAGAAAGGCAAUGGCAGAGAAGCUGAAGCAAAUGGAGAACAAAGUCCAGAACAGCACAGGCAAACUGCAGGCUGAACAGGACAGAGUUACAUCAGUUACAGAGAAGCUUAUUGACGAAAGCAAGAAAGCACUGAGAUCAAAGGCUGAGCUUGAGGAGAAAAUCUGCGGUGUUACAAAGGAAAAGGAUGACGUGAAGGCCAGGUUAAGAGCUGAGGAGGAGAAGAGUAACGAUUUGGAGUCUAAAAUAAGCUUGAUGAAGAAAAGGUUGCAAUCACUUGAGACAAUAGAGAGAGAAUACCUGAGAAACAAGGCUAAAGAGGAGAAUAUCAAAACGCCAAUUGCUAACCGCUUCCAGCAAGAAGACAACAAAGUAAAAGAUUUGACCCAGGAAGUCGAACGCCUCCGACGCAAGUUAAAAGACAUGAAAGUGGUGGAAGGCGAAUCAUUAAAAACAGAGGCGUUUGAAUCGCUGGAGAAAAGAUUUAACAACGAGCAAGAAAAAGCUAAAGCCUUGAUGGAAGAGCUGGAAGUAUCUAGAAAAGAGCUUUCGAAGUACCAGCUGGUUGAAAAGAAAGAGUGCAACCAAGAGCACGUCCUUUACAAACGCCUUAAGGAAGAGGAGGCCAAGUCCAGCCAUUUGACCAGAGAGGUGGCAGCUCUGAAAGAGAAGAUUCAUGAAUACAUGGGAACAGAAGAGUCCAUUUGCCGCAUGAAAACUGACCACUCGACACUGCAGAGAAAACUGACCCAGCAGGAAGUCAGAAACAAAGAACUGGCCAGAGAAAUGGAGACACUCACUCGAGAGCUGGAAAGAUACCGACGGUUCAGCAAAAGCCUUCGCCCAGGAAUGAACGGCAGGCGCUUUUCAGACCUGCAUGUUUCCACUAAGGAGGUUCAGACAGACCCACUUGAUUUCAUGUCUCCCAACUACAAGGGUAUGCCACCACUGGAACGUGCAGUGGUGAACGGCAAGCUGUACGACGAGAACGAACCGGAAGAAAAUGCAAAUUACAGCAAUGAGCUGCAGCUCACCAAAUGUAGCCCCGCGAUUAUCAAUAAUGUAAAUAAUCUUAACAACAACCUGAAAAGAGCACGAGGCCCACUCCUUAAGAACAAAGACGCUCCUCAUCAGGUCAAUGGAAAAAUGCAACCGCGGCAGAACGGCAGCCAUGUUCAGCCUGGAGACGUUGUGCUGACCCACAGUCCUGGGCAACCUCUGCAUAUUAAAGUGACACCUGACCACGGACACAACACUGCAACGCUAGAGAUCACCAGUCCAACCACAGAAAACACCCAGUCAUUCACCAGCACUGCUGUCAUACCCACAAGCGGGGGUCCACCCAAACAAAGAAUUACCAUCAUCCAGAAUGCAUCUAUAUCCCCUAAUGCAAAAUCCAUUUCCCCAACAGCAAAAUCUAAGAGUUCCUCUGUGUCUGAUGAGCCAUGUUCACCAGAUAGGGCCCUGUCACCUUAUACUAUGGCUACAUACUCCAGAGCAAUGACCCCAGACUCUUGUGGCUCUGUAACCCCAGACAGAGCCAUGUCACCAAUACAAAUAGUAUCAGUGAUGACAGGCACCCCAGACCGCUCCUUAUCCACGGAGCCAGUCGAGGUUGUUGGAGGACACGCCGUCUUCCGCGUGACCCCCGAAAGGCAGAACAGCUGGCAGGUCCAGAGGUCCCCCAGCUUGGGGCCCAACGUCAUCACCACAGAGGACAACAAAAUCCACAUUCACUUAGGGAGCCCAUUCAUUCAGGGCAUCAGCACUUCGUCCCAAACGCAGAGUCCAUGCCACACGCCUGGACUUCCGGAACAAAGGACUCAGGUCCUUGCAAACUGCAGUUCUCCUACUGUCAAAGCCAACAGCAAAAUCACAAGUAGCAUCAUGAUUAAGCCCACCUCCACCCCAAUCCAAAGGCCAUCACAAAUUACACAGAUACCUCUAGAAGCAUUCCGACGUCCAGGACCGACAAGAAUCCCCAAACCGAAGGGCUUCUGCUCCCAGAAAGGGACAAACAGCACAGCAGGAAACCUGGGACUGCAGUGCAAGAGUCAGCCGCCACGGACUCACGUACCUGGUGGGAAAGAGCAGGCCUCACACACAGCUGCAUCGCACAACAACAACCCAAAUCUAGCAAACCGGAGACUGUGAAAUCAAUCAUUUCUCUUCAGGAGGAAAGCUUUCAGUAUGUCGACGCCAAAAACAUACCCGUAGUUAGCUGAUAUAUUAAACAGGAUAACAAUCAUUUUAAACUGAUGAAGACUUUAAGAGAAGAUCCAUCACGACCCAUGAUUCAUCUGUGGUGCUGUAAAGACUGCAAAACUGCAACUGUUCAGCGUUGCACUGCAAAAACUAACAAGUCACAGGAAGUACAUUAAAUGUGGAUUCAUUUAAUUAUUCACUGAUUACAAACCAGUAAGUAACUUUUUCUGUCAGAUUUAUGUGGGGAAGCCACUGUGAGAAUUUAAAAAAAAGAAGCGUAACAUUAGAUCAGCAAGCGUGUUAUAUGUUGUUUAAUUAAAUAUUUAUUUGUAUUGUGACUAUUUUGGUUCCUCUUUGCUUACUUUUUAUCUGUUGUCGGAUACAGAUGAUGAAACAGCCUUUUAUUCAUUUCGCAGGAUAGAACAUGUUUGUAUUUUUUAAGUGACAAUAAUGUACAUACUGUAGGUAUAUAACUGUUGUAAUGCAGCUCAUUCAUAGUGAUUAUGUGUAAAUUGUGACAUUUGUGGGGGUUUUUUGGUUAUCAAUAAAAAUCUUUUUAUACCUUGAA